AAAGUACUCUGCUAUGACGCCUGGAGGGAUGAAUCGAGAUUUAUCUGGUAUAAAACUACCAGGGAAUAAGGGUAAGAAAGCUACUACACUGUUCCUGAUGCCAACUUUAAUCGCGAGAAUAGCGAGGAAGCUGCCCAAGGGAUUAUCACUUAAUGUCAGGAGAUUAGGAAGGAAACCAUUCCGUCUUGUUUCCCAGGAGAAGGUUAGACAGGACUGUGUCAAGCUGGUCUCGGAGCAGUCUCAGGACAAACUCAAGAUUCUACUUAUCAGAAGAAAGUACAAGUCUAAGCAUGACCUGGCUGGGGUGACCGUCAAGUGUGGAUACAGCGAUGAUUCUCGACCUGAGUGGUUGAGGCCGGCGCAGAAGGAUCAACUACCACAACCGGAGCGCGAGGCAUUCCCUCGACCCAAACCUGGCGACAAACCGGCGCGCGCCGGACCUAGUUUGAACCGGAUAAAGGUUGCCGCGGCGGCGCGCGGGAGCGUGCGGAACGGAAUUGAAGUGAAGGUGGCACCGGACGAUAUUUUUUUUAGAUCGACGAAAACUUUGGUUGCUCAACGGAACAGUUUGACGAACAAAGUAAUAAAGAAAAUAGCACGGCGGCCAACUAAACCAUUGGAAUGAAAAAAAAUGAAAUGAACUAAGUAAAGAUUUUAUUUAAACCUUUUCACCAUCCAGUAUUCAGGAAUCAUCCAUUGUAAUUAUUGUACUUGUACACUGACACUUUUGAACUCUCUUUACAAUGUAGACCACACCAUACUGUUCAAUUCUCUGUUUCAUUUUGUUUAAUUGUUUUAUCUUAUUUUUUAUCUAUUUUAUUUGUAUCAUGACUUCUGUUACCUACAUUUAAGAUCUAAUUUUUUUAGA